UAUCUGUGCUACAUCACACUGGGAGAACAGCAGUAGUUUAGCGUUUUGCUCCCUUUGUGAACCUUUUUUCAUCCACUGCUGUUCCCUUUCACUUGUGCACAUUCCCAGUGAGUGAAUCCACCAGCACACAAAAAAAUGGUUCAGUGAACCGUGACUGUACAAAUAAAAAUUGCCUUUCCACAGAAUAAAAGAAGAGACGCUUUUCUUCAAUUCAUAAUGCAAACGUAAAGCCUCAGCUGAGAAAUGCUGUUUUGUGAGAUUCUUGUUGUUUUUAUAGGUGCAUUUCUGGGUGUAAUGUUCUCUCACGCUUAAGCAGUUGGAAUGUAACCAUCAGUUUCCUUUCAAUUGCAAAACUCAAAUUAUGUUUGGAAACACAAGAGAAAACAAGUCUUGCUUGUCUUUUGGACAAAUACCUCGAGAGGUUGUUUAAAUUGUGGGCUGGUUUGCUGGAAUUAAGGCCAUAAUGUAAUAAAAGCAUAAAAGAUCCCUGACACGUGGACUGGUGGCUUUGUUCAGGAUUUCUAAUGAACAUCGCCCCUCUACCCUCGGGUGGUGACAGUCCCCUCACUGACACGUGCUCAGCUUUAGCUCGUUUGUGUAUUGCAGAUAAUCCAAAGACUCAUAAAAGUGUGAAAACACCAAAACAGCUGAAAUUUAGCUGACACUUGGAAGGUUUGAGCAUCCCAGAGCGAUUCUGAACUCUGACUUCAGCCUGACACCAUCCCCAGGGAUCUGGGCACCAUGACAGCGCUGUCCCCCAACCUCUCGUGCCACCACCACUCCAUUGACGACUUCCGCAACAGCGUCUACUCCACGCUCUACUCCAUGAUCAGCAUCACGGGCUUUGUGGGGAACGGCGUGGUGCUCUACGUGCUGAUCCGCACGUACCGCCAGAAAACGGCCUUCCAGGUCUACAUGCUCAACCUGGCCCUGUCCGACUUCCUCUGCGUGCUCACCCUGCCCCUGCGCGUCAUCUACUACGUGCACAAGGGCCACUGGUUCUUCAGCGACUUCCUCUGCCGCCUCUCGUCCUACGCGCUCUACGUCAACCUCUACUGCAGCAUCUUCUUCAUGACGGCCAUGAGCUUCUUCCGCUGCAUCGCCAUCGUCUUCCCGGUGCGCAACAUCGGCCUGGUGUCGGAGAGGAAGGCCAAGUUUGUGUGCGUCGGCAUCUGGGUGUUCGUCACGCUGACGAGCGCGCCCUUCCUGCGCAACGGGACGUACCAGCACGGCAACAAGACCAAGUGCUUCGAGCCGCCGGAGAACUCCCACAAGACGAACGUGGUGGUGAUCCUGGAUCUCAUCGCCCUCUUCGUGGGCUUCAUCUUCCCCUUCGUCGUCAUCACCAUCUGCUACGCCAUGAUCAUCCGCACGCUGCUGCGCAACUCCCUGCGGAAGAACGAGGCCAACCGGCGCAAGGCCGUGUGGAUGAUCGUCAUCGUCACCGCCACCUUCCUGGUGAGCUUCACGCCCUACCACGUCCUGCGCACCGUGCACCUGCACGCGCUGCGCCGGCGGGGCCCCGGCUGCGGGGAAGCCAUGUUCCUGCAGAAAGCCGUCAUCGUCACCCUGCCCCUGGCAGCUGCCAACUGCUGCUUCGACCCCCUCCUCUACUUCUUCUCCGGGGGUAACUUCAGGCAGAGGCUCACCACGCUGAGGAAGGUGUCCUCCUCCAGCCUGUCACAAGCCUUCAGGAAAAAGGUGUCUGUGAAGGACAAGGAUGAGGAACCCUUUGGAGAAAGCCAGAGGGAGAAUGGAAAGGCAGCUGUGGCUCCUUUGUAAGGAGAUUAAACUUUUCCCCCAGAGCUGGAUGGAGAUCUCCAAACUCUUCCAGAAGACGGGAUGGAGGCUUCCAAGCCUUUGUAGCACUUAAAUAACUGUGGACAGUCCCUGGUUUGUGGUACUUGGUGGCAGAGCCACUGCUGGGGCUGGGCAGCCCCUGAGACCCCCAGAGCCACGUGGGACAGAGCAGCCACCACCAACAAACCCUGGAGCUGCUGCUGAACUCCCAAACCCCUUCCAAGGCUAUAUUUGAGCAUUUGCUUCAUUUCACAACUUUCCAAGAGCGUUAAUUCCCCGAGCCAGUGGGAAAUGUAAACAGAGCCUGCAGAGCAUGGGGAGCUCCUGACAAACAGCAAGGGCAGAGUUUCCCUGGAUCUUCAAACAGUCAAGUUAUUUACACAGCAAGGCUGGGAUAAUUCCUGCCCUGCUCCCAGCUGCCUCUGGAUUUCGGUUUUUAUGAUCAUUAGAUGUGUUUUAGGCUCCCAGGGCUGUGCCUGGGCUGCAGAUCAGGAUGGGCCCCUCUCCCAUGCCAUGAGCAGCUUGAGAGGCUUUGGUGAGCAGCAGAUUUGCCAGGGUUUUCCCAGUUUCUAGAAAAAUCCAUGAGAUCAGUUGUAAAAUUGCAGUAUCCUACUGUGCAGGAUAACUUAGGAAUAAGGAUAAGAGGGAGCCUUAUUUCAGUGGGACUGGUCCUGAAGUGAUGGCAGCAGGACUCAGAAUAUCACUCCAGUUUUUGGGGAAGUUUUAGGUAAAAGUGGAGCUCUG